AACUGGCUCUUGGCCUUCGCCUUGGGCCUGACAGUCUCGGCCGCCUCUUCUUCUGCUUCGUCAGACUCUGGCUACACGGGCUACAAUCUCACCAUCAAUGACUCGGACGACUCGACCAUCUACUCGACCGCAAACACGAAUUCGAACGUCAGCUACCCGGAUCCCGAUGUGUUCCUCAAUGCCUCAGUAUCGGUCAAGGAAAUCGACAUCGAGGUAGACAACCUGACAGCAAAAGUCAACCUCGACUUGCAAGUAUUGGAACUGCUACAGUUCAAUGCUGGAGUGGAUGUGAGCAUCGAGAAGGUGCAAUUGCUCAUUCAGGACGUCAAGGCUCGAGUGCUGCUCGAGGCAAGAUUGGAAAACUUGGUGGCCAUGGUUGAUGAUGUCUUGGGAUCAUUGGAUUUGAACCCCAUCAUUGCGACACUGGGCCAAGGUGUGGGCGACGUUCUCAACGAGACCAGCGAUGCCGUGGGUGGACUUCUCUCCGACGAUGGUUCAAGCAGUGGCUCGUUUAGCAAGCGAUCAUUCGCCAUUGACGACAACAUCCUCUACUCGGUCAACGACUUUUCUGGAAACUCGCACACCAACCGUAUCCUCGCGCAGAACGGCAACAUUGUUGAGCAAAAUCUUGACAACGAUGGUCGUGUCUCAAGCACCAGAGUUGUCGGCUCGUACGCAAAGGACAUGACUUUCACUGGCCACCAGGACACGGUGCAGAAGAAUGGAAAGGAGGUUGAGAGGAAGCAGUACAAGUACGAGCCAAUUCACGGGGUGCAAGCAAUCGCGGCCAUCUUCACCAGUGCGUCAGGCAAGGUGGUGGGCACACAGAUACUGAGCGAGUUGGAGGUUGGAGGGCAUGCCACUGUAGAGGCAGAC